AUAAAGCCGGACAACGAGAUGAUGCAGCAGCCAUGGGCCGUGCUGGUCCUGCUCCUGCCCCUAAUUAGCGGGGAUGUGAGGCACCUGGCCAAGGACUACAUUCCGCCCAGUGCGGAUCAGGAUGCAGCCACCCGGUCCACGCAGUCCGAUGAUGCGAAGGAGGUGCAGAAGGACCCGUCCGGGUUCUAUCCCUCCAACGGAUUGCCCCUGCCGCCGGGCUAUGCCAUUCCCACGGGCGGCAACGUUCCACCACCGCCUGUCCAGCCCCCGAACUUCCCCCUGCCCAUCUACCCGCCCUUCUUCGGCUUCAACGGAGGUCCUGGCGAGCAGGGAGUGGGUCCAGGCAUCGGUCCGGUGCCCUCGGCAUAUCCCAAUGGAGGUGGAGGACCCUUCACGGGCGGAGCUCCGAAUGCGGCUUUCCAGCUGCCUCAGGGUGGAGGUCCUUUUGGUCCGCAGGGAGGGGGUUUCCCACAGGGAGCUGGAUUUGCACCACAGGGAGCUGGAUUUCCACCACAGGGAGCCGGGUUCCCACAACAGGGAGCUGGUUUCCCACCACAGGGAGCAGGUUUUUCACCACAGGGAGCUGGCUUCCCACAGGGAGCAGGAUUCCCACCACAGGGAGCCGGUUUCCCACCACAGGGACCAGGCUUUUCACCACAGGGAGCUGGUUUCCCACAGGGAACAGGUUUUCCACCACAGGGAACAGGAUUUCCACCUCAAGGAGCUGGUUUCCCACAGGGAGCCGGAUUUCCACCACAAGGAGCAGGAUUCCCACCACAAGGAGGUCCCGGAAACGGGUUUCCACCCCAAGGAGUUCCCGGAAAUGGCUUCCCACCUCCAGGAGGACCCUUCCCAGAAUUCCUGACCAACCAGGGUCUUCCACUGACCAAUCCACAAGGCCCCUUCCAGGGACCCAACCCCGCGGGAUUCAAUGUGCCCACGGGAUUCGGUGGACCAGUGCCCGGGCAGAAUCCAUACCAGCAAUUCGGACCCGGAUUCGGAGGACCAGCACCGCCUGGUUACUCCGAUGAGCCGGAAAAGGAGCAGAAAAGCGAGGCAGUGGUCCCACCUCCAUUGGCCGAUGACCCCAAGAGCACGGCGGAUACGGUCUACGCCACAAAUGGCGGAUAUAUCUACCAGCGGACCAAGUGAUCCGAGGGUUUUAUAGACCCAAUUUGGGACUAGUGCAUCAACAAGUUCAUUAUAAAUUAUCAACCAUUUUUUUGUUUCGUAUUUUUCCGUCUGUGUUUUU